AUGUACUCCAGAGCUCACAUCUUGCUGGAAAGAGAGUUCAAGGGGUUACAGAACAAGAGAAAUGAGGGCAUCGUUGCUUUUCCUACAAGAGACGACAUGAUGAGCUGGGAAGCUCAGAUUGAAGGGCUUCAGAAUUCCAUCUGGGAAGGAUUUCUUUUCCACUUGACAAUAGAUUUUACACCAGAGUACAACCUUGUUCCUCCAGUUGUGAAAUUUCUAACAAUUCCUUUCCAUCCAAAUGUAGACCCACAUACCGGUCGGCCCAGUAUACACUUUUUGGACAACCAGAACAGCUGGAACACAAAUUACACAAUACUCAGCAUCUUACGUGCUAUACAGAGGCUACUUUCUAAACCUGUCCUAGAAAACCCAGUGAAUUUGGAAGCAGCCAAGAUGUUGGUUAAAGAUGAGGCUAUGUACAGAGUAGUAGUUCAGAAACUUUUCAAGCCAGCACCACCAGGAAAGGAGGGCGACCAAGAGCUUUCUGAAAAGCCACAAGGGGCUAUCAGCAUCCGUCACACAGUGCCAACAUUAACUGAAAAGUCCAGAGAACUUGACCAGGAGAUUGUCGCUGGUUUGGUUUCAGCAGUUCCUCUGAACCCAGACAAGGAUAAUUGA